UUCUGUUGACUGUGAGCUGAGAACUGGGUGUUGGCAAGGGUAAGACCGACGUCAGUCUACCAGAAAAACAUAUAAAUGGGAAUUCCCCUCGGGUGCCGUGAAAUAGAUUGCCGCUCUUCCACUUUCGGUUACUUCUUCCUUUCCCCCGAGCCAGUGCGCCUGGAUGGCGAGCAGGCAAAACCACGGCGAGAGCCCAGCUCUGCAGGAAUCAAAGGAAUUCGAAUGCCCCGUGUGCCUACAAGUCCUGGAGAGACCGGUGCGGACCCAGUGCGGACACAUAUUUUGCGAAUGCUGCCACCACAAUAAUUUCACAUUAAAUGGUGGGAAAUGUCCAUUGUGCCGUGGAGUGACUUCUCACAGGGAGCCAUUCGCCACAGACGUCGAGACGCGAUUGAGGUCUACGAAAGCCAAGUGCCAAGAUUGUGGCUCUGAGAUGUACUUGAUCUUCAUGAGGAAGCACGUGAAAGUCUGCUCAAAGGUCCUGGAAGAUCCUAACCAAUUGACUAACACCUGCACUCAGCCCACAGCAAGACAUGCCACACCCAGUACCCUUCAACCAAUCAGAUCAACAGAGAUGCUGCCAACAUACAGUUGUCCUUAUUGCCAUGCGAGGGAUUAUGAUGAGAUCAGUUUAAUUCAACACUGCCAAACAGUUCAUUACCUGGAUCAUCAGCGAGUGGUAUGUCCUUCAAUAUUUUAUUGUUCUAACAAAGCAUUCAGAAUUGCAGUCAUAGUUAAGACAACAUGGCCCAACCAGUCCAUGCUGACCCCAAUGCCCACCCAGCUAGUUCCAAUUUUCUGUCUCCAGCUCAAGCCCUCUAAGUCCCGCCCCUCCAUGUAUCUGUUCAAUUGCUUCUUACUGUAUGGAAUCAAAAACAUGCAACAUGCUAUGCAGAGUUGA